AUGGUGGCGAAACAAGGUUGGAAUAUGUUAGCAAAACCUCACUCUCUUGUCUCUCGGGUUUUUAAAGCUAGGUAUUUCCCUCGUACUUCCUUCCUUAAAUCCUCUCUUGGUUAUAAUCCUAGUUUUGUUUGGCGUAGCCUAUGGAAAUCUAGAGAGGUAUUAACACUUGGGUGCAGGUGGAGUAUAGGGGAUGGUAGCAAUAUUAUGGUGAUGAAUGAACCUUGGCUCCAAGGACAAUGGGAAGGGAAUGUGAUUGGUCCUCCGACGCAAGGUGUGUACAAUAUUUUUGUUAACAACCUUAUGUUACCUAAUAUGAAACAAUGGGAUGUACAAGUAAUCCAGAAUUUGUUUGAUCCUGUAGUGGCGAUGGAUAUUUUUAAGGUUCCGUUGGUGGAGGAGGUUGUUAAAGAUACGAUAAUUUGGAAAGAGGAACAAAAUGGGAUAUAUAGUGUAAGAUCAGGUUACAGAUUAUGGAGGAUUUCCCAAGCAAACAGAUGGAGUAAAAGGGUGGACCGUAAUUGGAGUAAUUUGUGGAAUAUCAUAGCUCCACCUAGGGCCAAACAUUUGCUAUGGAGAAUUUGUAGGGGCUGCCUCACAUCUCGGUCUAGGCUCAUUCAACAUUUUGUCCAAUGUCCGGCCCAUUGUCUAAGAGAGGAUAGAAGGGAUGUCGGUAGGUUCGCGGUGCUGGUGGAUGAAAUAUGGAAGAAUAGGAAUAAUAUUGUUUGGAAUGACACACGGGAAGAGGCGAGAAAAAUUGGUUUGCAGGCCUAUUUCAAUUGGCAUGAUUGGUUCUUAGCUAGAAGGAAUGAGGAGAGGGUCCAGGAACCUCCUUCACCUACCGUUUGGACGCCUCCAGAUGAAGGUAAAUUCAAGUGUAAUGCUGAUGCCGGCUAUAACAAUAGUUUGGGUACGGCGAAUAAAGGGUGGUGCGUUAGAAAAAAUGGUGGUCAUUUUAUUGUUGCAGGAGUAACUUGGGACUACAGUAUGUUACCCACUAAUGUUGCGGAAGCCAUGGCUUUGAAAGAAGCUAUGCAAGAUGCUAUUUCCCUACAGUUGAACAAUGUUAUCUUUGAAAGCGACUCUCAAUUGGUGGUGCAAGUUAUUCUCUCAAAUCAAAUUGGUAGAUCCGAAUUUAGUCAUGUUAUUUUAGCCAUUAAGAAUUUGUUACAUUUUUUUCUAACUUUGAGGUCAAGUUCAUCAAACGCCAAGCGAAUUUGGUUGCCCAUAAGUUAA